GCGCAGUAGAGUUGUAUCUGUCAGACUGCAGAAAGAGCAGUAAUAUGGAUAGUGGGGAGGCACCUGCUCAGCGGCCAGUCACCUUGGACAUUACAGUGGAGGAUGUAACCAAGGAAGCCCCCGGCCCAGACCCUCCAGAGCCAGCCACCAGCCAGACCCCUUCCAGAGAAAACCUCAUUCCCCAGGAGGACAGCAUCGACUUGGGCGGGGACUUCGCUACCCCUCAGGAGGACAGCAGCGCCACACCUUCGGAGAGCCUCAUGGACAAGCUCAAUGACCAGAUGAUGGAGAGUGUUAUGAUUUCUGACUCACCUAAUAACAGCGAGGAGGACGAUGUAGCUCCCAUGGACUCCUUUCUGGAUGGAGGAGAGGAGGAGGAGAAUGCACAAGAGACAUCAGGCGACAAAGAGGAAGACAGUGAAAUUGGACAGAAUACAACUGAGAUUACAGUUUCAGUUGAAGAGCAGGAGAAAGACGGUUCCGUGGAAAAAGAAGACGAGGACACAAAGGAGCAGACCGACACACAGGAGCAGGUCACAGCCUCUCUUUCACCUCAAGAAAAUGUGCAGAGCCCAUCUGAUCUUAAAAGUGAGGAGCCAGCACCACAAGAAGUUAAAGGGACAAGCCCAAAAGACGAACCUGUGCCGGUGUGCACCAUAUUCAGCCAGGGCACCCAGCCGAAGUCUCUGGUGCCCGAUGGCUUCCAGCCCACCCUCAUCAAGUCCCCCAGCUUCAGCAUGGGAAGUGGCGGAGGACAUGAUGAGGUAGUGACCCCCAGUAAACUGACGGCUCCCCUUGUGUGUCAGCCCAGCCCCAGCCUCAGUAAGUUCUUCACUGACAAUGGACAGGUCAAUCCAGCCUCUGACUUUUUUGAUUCCUUCACCGUCCCCUCCUCCUUUAUCUCUGUUUCAAACCCAAAUGCUGAGGUCCCUCCUGGUCCCAGCCCAGCACCCAUAGUCCCCACCCCUGAGCGCCAGCUGUCUUCCACUUCCUCCUCCAUCUCCACCCCAGGAGGACCUCUGGACUCAGGUGCUCCUACCCCUAGUUCAGUGUUUAGUCCUGCCCCUACGGUAGCCACCACCAAGCCCCAGCCUCCUCCACCCCAGGCAGCCCCAGCUCCAACUCAAGCCCCUGCCCCAGCUGCCCAGCCCUUUAACCAGCUCCAGGCUGUGUUUUCUGGCAGCGAUGAUCCAUUUGCGACAGCGCUGAGCCUGAGUGAGGUCGACCGGCGUCAUGAUGCCUGGCUGCCAUCUGAGGAGACCAGGAAGGCGCUGAUCUCUGUGGCUACUCAGCAGUACAGCCCUGCUUAUGUGGAGACCAACAGACUCACCAUGCCUGGACUCAAGUUUGACAACCUUCAGGGCGACGCUGUGAAAGACUUAAUGCUUCGUUUCCUUGGAGAACCAGCUGCAAUGAAGCGCCAGGUCCUCACCGCCAACUCUGUGGAACAGUCCUUCACAGGCCUCAAACAGCUCAUCAGUAGUAAAAACUGGCGGGCUGCGGUGGAUCUGACGGGCCGGCUGCUGACAGCUCAUGGUCAGGGAUAUGGAAAAGCUGGCCAGCCAACCUCCCACACCACCGACUCACUGCAGCUCUGGUUUGUGCGGCUGGCCCUCCUGACCAAGCUGAACCUCUUCCAAAAUGCUGAACUGGAGUUUGAGCCCCUUGGCAACCUGGAUCAACCAGACCUCUUCUAUGAGUACUACCCUGCUGUUUACCCUGGGAGGAGAGGCUCCAUGGUGCCGUUCUCCAUGCGGCUGCUGCAUGCCGAGCUUCCCCAGUACCUGGCCAAGCCCCAGGAGGCUCUGGACCGCCUGCACAAUCUCAAAACCGUCUGCCUUGCUAUUCUGGAGAACUUGGAGAAAGGCUUGGCUGAGGAUGGCAGCAUGAUCACCCUAACACAGGAGAACAGGCAAGCGUCUCUCAAGCUGUGGAGGUCUCGCCUCAGCCGGGUCAUGUACUCCAUGGCCAACUGUCUACUGCUGAUGAAGGACUAUGUCCUGGCUGUGGAGACCUAUCACUCCAUCAUCCAGUAUGAACCCCAGCAGAGAGUGCAGCUGCUCAGUGGCAUAGGACGCAUCUUCUUACAGAUCGGAGACGUUAAAACGGCAGAGAGGUACUUCCAGGAUGUGGAGGAAGCCUGCCAGAUGACAGGGAGCCAGCCCAGUCACACCACAUGCGUGCUGAUGAACAGGGCCUUUGUCUUCCUCAGCCAGAACAACUACGCUGAAGCACACGCAUCCUUCACUGAUGUCUUGAAAAUUGACCCGAAAAACCCUGUUGCCAACAACAACGCAGCGGUGUGCUUGCUCUAUCUUGGACGUCUGAAGGAGUCCCUGGGCCAGCUGGAGGGCCUGGUGCAGCAGGACCCUGCACUCUACCUCCACGAAAGCGUCCUCUUCAACCUGACCACUAUGUACGAGCUGGAGUCGUCUCGCAGCACCCAGAAGAAGCAGGCUCUGCUGGAGGCCGUGGCCUGCCGAGAGGGGGACAGCUUCAACACACAGUGUCUCAAACUGGUCUAAGAGGCAAGUAUAUGAACUGGGAGGGGACACACACUAUUGCAUUCUCUUUCAGUGUGGCAGGGAGUAAAACACAGAGAGUAGAGUCCUUAGAGGAGUAGAAAGCUCCAGCUCCUAUGAGAGUGUGGUGACAGAAAAGUGAAUGUUUAGUGCUUAGUUUGGUUUCCCAAAAGCAGGUUGAUAUAACAUCUUUCAGAACUGGUUUUAUAAUUAUAAAUGCAUUUGGGAAGCCCAGGUACACAUUUUCUUUCACAUCAGCCUGCACAGGGCGCAGCACUCCUAUCCUUUUAAAGGGCGACCCAGUAAUGAUUCACACAUUUACUUACAGCAACAGAAACCGUGGUGGACUGACAUUCUGGAAAGGGAAUAGCCCUACAAAAAAAUCCUGCGUGCACAGAAGUUGAUGUUCAUUUUAUUUUACAGAUUAAAGGAAUAGUUUGACAUUUUGGGAAGUUUUGCAUAUUUACUUUCAUGCCGUGAGUUAGAUAAGAACAUUGAUACCACUCUGUAAUGUAAAUAUCAAGCUUUAGGGAAUGUUCUGAUAAUGCCAUUGUGAUACAGAAAUGCCUUCAAAAUCUGAUCAACGGGAAGUUAUGUCUACAUGAAUAUUUUUGAAAGGAUGUAUAUUUUGUAGGGAGUUUAUGCUUUAGUUUGCUCCUCUUCCUUUUCACUUGAAAAUAUUGCAUUCGUUGAAUUUGAAUCGCAGUGAAAAGAAACUGUUUUUGGUAACAGGUCAUUCAACAGCUUUACUUGCUGUUAAAGACUUGCAGUCUUUAUGCUAACUUAAGCUAACCAGUUUUUCGUUUUUACUUAGCAUGAAGCUGCAGGCAGGAGACAGUUACUUUAUUUAGCUAAGCAUAAAGACUGCAAACAGGGGAGAACAGUUAGCCUUGUUUUGUCCAAACUGAUUUUUUUAACCUUUGGAAAGCCAAUAUUUAACAUGCAGACAUUGAACUUAAAAUAAAAAUAUUAGCAGGAGCUAGCUUAGCUUAAAGACUGAAAAGAGGGGGAAACGGCUAGCCUGGUUCUGUCUGAAGGUAACAAAAUCCGCCUACCAUCAUGUCUAAAUCUCACUAAUUAACAUGUUUUGCAGAUUUUGUACACCUUUGGAGAGCCAUGCUACCUGAUGUCCCCUGCUUCCAGUCUUUAUGCUUAGUUAAGUUAAUCAGCUGCUAACUGUAGCUUAACAUUAAACAUACAGACACGAAAGCGGGAUCAGUCUUCAAAACUAAAUCUCUGUAAGGAUGCAAAUAGAAGUAUUUCCCAAAAUGUCAAACUAUUCCUCUAAAUAUUUUAUCAAAGAAAUUCGAGUCACACCACCACAAAGGAAUCAUAAAAUUCAGCAUUGUGUGAUUAGAAGAGAGACCUCAAAUUGCACUUCAAACCGGCAGCGGUUUUAAGGGAGUUGCAGGCUCAUAAUGCGAGUCUUGA